AUGUCCAACAUGCGCUCAGUGGCAAAACAGAGCCAGACUCUGAGCCCAUCAGUCCCUAGCAAGCAGGUUUCUGAUUUGUCUCCACCACCACCCACGGUUGAAGACGUUGAUGCCACUCCUUUACCCUCAUUUUCUCUCUCAACAGGUCCAGCCAUGAAUCUCGAUGUUAAGAUGGACUUCAACGUUAAGGCGGACAUGGUCGCAUCUCCGGCCUCGCCCUCCACUCUUGUGGCAGAUACGCUGCCCCAAAAGUCCAAAUCAUCGCCCACCCCAAGCCCUACCCCUCCACCAUCCACCAUGAAUGGCACUCCCACUACAACAUCCGCCUCCCCACCCCCAACGCCCGUCACGAACUUACGAAAGCCCUCUAGCCCAGGUCCCCAGCUUAUUGGAGACCUUCCGAUCGCACGCACAGACGCCCUGAGCACUUUCAAUGAGAUUUCUGCCAAUAAUUACCAGAACAAGUCUUUGGGCCGCUCGAGAGAGGUCCUCGAAAGCAUGACGUGUGAUUGCGUCUACGAACAUGGCGUCGACAGUCACGACAAAGCGUGUGGUCCGUACUCAGACUGCAUUAACAGAUUAACACAAGUCGAGUGCCUGCCCGAGGACUGUCGCUGUCGUUCUUACUGCCAGAACCAAAGGUUUCAGAAGAGAGAGUACGCCAAUAUCGACAUUGUCCUGACGGAGAAGAAGGGGUUUGGCUUGAGGGCGGAAGAGGACCUUCCGAGGGACACCUUCAUCUAUGAAUAUGUCGGGGACGUUGUCAAUCCUACCUCCUUCAAGAAGCGUAUGCGAGAUUAUGCUCUCGAAGGCAUUCAACACUUUUAUUUCAUGAUGCUGCAGAAGGAUGAGUUUAUCGACGCAACGAAGGGCGGAGGGAUCGGGCGCUUCGCCAAUCACAGCUGCAGUCCCAAUUGCUACGUCGCGAAGUGGACGAUUGGACAUCACGUUCGGAUGGGAAUUUUCGCAAAACGUGACAUCAAGCAGUAUGAGGAGUUGACCUUCAAUUACAACGUUGAUCGUUACGGCCAUCAAGCCCAAAUAUGCUAUUGCGGGGAACCCAACUGUGUGGGCUUCAUUGGAGGAAAGACUCAGACGGACAUAGUAACAAUGGACGACUUGUAUCUUGAUGCCCUUGGAAUCACUGACGAACAAGACCUCAUGGCGCUCAAAGGGACAAAGAAGAAGAAGGGCAAGAAGAUCGACGAUCCGGAUUUCAUGCCCACGAUGAAGCCGAUUGUUGAGAAGGAUGUUCCAAAGGUCGUGCAAGCCAUACGGCAAACUCAAAGUCGCAAGGUCCUAUAUAAGCUACUGACACGCAUCAAGAUAACCGAGGAUCAAGCAGCGCUGCGACAGAUCAUGCGUUUGCGUGGAUACACGCUCAUGAAGAAUGUUUUGGAUGAUUAUCCGACAAACAUUGACUUGAUAUUGCUGGCGAGUGAUGUGUUGCAGUGUCAAAGGCUUCGUUCUGAUGCGUGCACGAACAAGGUCGUAGAUUCAAGAGUAACGGAGCCGGUACAAUCAUGCACUGAGCUCGACAACGACGCAGUGAAAGAAAUAGCCCAGAAGCUCCUCGAACAUUGGGAGAGUUUGCCCCUAUACAAUCGAAUACCAAAGCGAGUUAAGAAGGACGAUGAGGAUGAAUUCCCCGUUCUCAUUCUUGCGAACAAUGAUAAUGAUAUACAUGAUUCAAAACGCCUCAAGUCUGUUGAAGACAUUAUAUUUCGCGACCCGCCAGUUCGCAUACUGCCGCCUAGUAGAUUCGUGGGGGGUCUCCCAUCUCAUCUCAUACCGAAACGAGUCCAGCCGCCGUUACCACCUCACAUUGGCCAGGAUGCUUCAAAAGUUGCAAAAGCUACACGCGAGGAGGUUCAGGCGAUCAUUGCCGCGGCGGCCGAAAGUGCUGCCAAAGAAGAAGAAGCCGCUGCCGCUGCCGCUGCUGAAGCCAAGGCCAAGGCACAGGCUGCAGAAGAGAGGGCUGCCCGGAAAAAAUCCAAGACCCCUAAGAAGGCCCUAACUCCCGAGGAGAAGGAGGCGAACAAAGAGAAGAGGCUAUUGAAACUUGUUGGCGCGGUGGUCGUGAAGUGCAUGUCAAAAUAUGCAAAGUCAUUGAACCAUGACCUGUUCAAGAAACAUGCGAAGGAGGUCAUCGCUGAGAAGGAAAAGAAGUCUUCCAGUUACCGUGAGGGAAAUCUGGAUGCGCUUACAGAGGAGAAAAUCUCCAAAAUCAAAAAGUUUGCCAAGGAGUACAUUGCUAAAAUUCUUCGCAAACUUGAAAAGUCUGGCAAACGUGACAGACCUUCAUCCUCUUCAACAAUACAAACCACGCCAUCGACGUCCAUGGCGACCCCUAAUUCGGCUGAUGGGGAUGUGGCAAUGGACGUGCUACCCAUGUCAGUUGAAGAGGCGAUGGAUAUGGAUCCGGAUUCGGCAAGUGAGGGAGAAGGGGAGGAGGAGGAGGAUGAAGGACGGAACGGUGCAGUGACGCCUGCGGAAUCAAGUAGGAUUUCUGGUCCGUCGACGCCGAUGCACCCACCGCCGGCUGAUCUUUUCACUGCUCCAAUGGACGUUGUAGAAGUUGUGCAGCCAGUAGAUCCUCGCCGUCGACCGUCUCUGGACGGUUUAUCUAGUAGCUUUAGGUAG